AUGGCAACAGUGCUGCCUCCUCCUAGCAAGCGCCAGAAACGAGACAUUGCAGAGAAGACGCGAUUGCAGCAGGAAGUCCAAACCAUUCCAACUGACUUGGGCAGCGUCCGGGUCCAAUUCUUCGACCAGACCACGGGGAAGCCCACUGGCCCGCCAGUAUCUGUUCCUAUUGCAGAUGCGACUGUCAAAAACCUUGAGACGCUUGUAAAUACUCUACAGGGUAAUGAUGACAAUGAAAAAGUACCCUACCGGUUUGCAUAUCAACCGGAGGAAGGACAUGUAGAUGUCGUUGAUAUCCUAUCAGAUCUGUAUCAUUCACUCCUCAAACCGGGACUGAAAACGUCGGAAGACACUGUCCACCUCCAAUACACCCCACAAGCAGUCUUCCGUGUAAAAGCUGUAUCGCGAUGCUCAGCAUCGAUAUCAGGGCAUGGGGAGGCUAUCCUUGCGACUGCGUUUUCGCCGGCUUCCUCGUCGCGCAUGGUUACGGGAAGCGGAGAUUCAACAGCGCGGAUAUGGGACUGUGAUACCGGAACUCCUUUGCACACCUUGAAAGGUCACACCAGUUGGGUUCUUGCUGUCAGCUGGUCACCGAAUGCACAGAUGAUAGCGACGGGGAGCAUGGAUAAUACCGUACGUCUAUGGAGUCCAAAAACAGGCGAAGCACUGGGCGGGCCACUCAAGGGCCAUACGAAAUGGAUUAUGAGUCUCGCAUGGGAACCAUACCAUUUGCAAAAAUCCGGGGUUCCCCGGCUGGCAUCUGCGUCAAAGGACAGCACUGUACGGAUAUGGGAUGUGAUUUCAAAACGCAUUGACGCUGUGCUCACAGGUCACAAAGGCUCCGUUUCUUGUGUCAGAUGGGGCGGGACGGGGCGCAUAUACACCUCUUCGCAUGACAAGACGAUCAAGAUUUGGAAUCCAGAAGAUGGCAGUUUGCUACAGACUCUCUCGUCACAUUCACACCGCGUAAACUACCUUGCAUUAUCAACCGACUUUGUUCUCCGAACCUCCUUCUACGAACACAAUCAAAAGGAACCCGAGACGGACGAGGCGAAAUUUGCAACCGCAAAGCGCCGGUUCGAAGAAGCGGCAACUAUCAACAAUAAAAUCACCGAACGACUUGUCUCUGCCAGUGACGAUUUCACCAUGUUUCUCUGGGACCCCGUGUCAUCGAAUAAGCCCGUGGCACGUAUGCUGGGGCAUCAAAAAGAAGUAAAUCAUGUCACAUUUUCUCCAGAUGGAGCGUACAUUGCAUCUGCAAGUUUUGACAACCACGUCAAAUUGUGGAAUGCUCGGGAUGGAAAAUUUAUAUCUUCACUCCGCGGCCAUGUGGGUGCUGUAUAUCAAUGCUGCUUUUCAGCAGACUCAAGACUCCUCGUUUCAUCAUCCAAGGAUACCACGCUGAAAGUCUGGGACGUUCGGACGGGGAAGCUGUUGAUGGAUUUACCGGGACAUUUAGAUGAGGUUUAUGCGGUUGACUGGAGUCCGGAUGGAGAAAAGGUAGGUAGCGGGGGAAGGGAUAAGGCAGUUCGCAUCUGGAGACAUUGA